AGUAAAGCAGAUAACCACGUGGGGGUGACACAUUGAUAAGAACCGAACCUUAACCUCACCAUUCCACUUCUUUGUCUUUACUCAUUCUUUGCCGACCCUGCCCAUUCCAAAUCCACCUUCCUUUGUCACCCCCAACCAAGCAAAGAACAAUCACAAUUACUAAUUACUAACAUCAUAUAUUAUCAUUAUUAUAUUAUUAUUAUUAUUAUUUUCUGAAUCAAUUCAAUUCUGGAAUGAUGGAAAUCGUUUCUAAAGAAGCUCAGAUGUCUAUUGCUGCUUCUUCCAUGUUUCCUGGUUUCAGAUUCUGUCCUACGGACGAAGAGUUGAUUUCUUAUUACCUUAGGAAGAAGUUGGAUGGUCAUGAAGAAAGUGUUCAAGUUAUUUCUGAAGUUGAGCUUUGUACAUAUGAACCUUGGGAUUUACCAGCCAAGUCAUUCAUUCAAUCAGAUAACGAGUGGUUCUUCUUCUCUCCGCGAGGACGAAAGUAUCCAAAUGGUUCGCAGAGUAAAAGAGCUACUGAUUGUGGAUAUUGGAAAGCGACUGGAAAAGAGCGAAACGUGAAAUCAGGUCCUAAUGUUAUAGGUACGAAGCGAACUUUAGUGUUUCAUUUAGGUCGGGCACCUAAAGGCGAAAGAACAGAAUGGAUUAUGCAUGAGUAUUGCAUCAGUGACAGGUCUCCGGAUUCUUUGGUUGUUUGUCGCCUCAAGAGGAACACCGAGUUUCGUCUGAACGAUGCUUCAAAAGGAGCCUCUUCAAGUCAAAUAGUCCAAGUACAUUCACAUGAAAGUGAUUGCGCUGUCUCAGAAGAGGCCACUGAUCAAAGGGAAAUAGGCGUCUGUGAACAAGAAAAGGAGGUUGAGGGUAGUUCCAAGCGGGGUAGCAGCAGUUAUGGUUCACCUUCAAUGGAACAAAAUGAUUCCGUGUCUGAAUCUAAUCAGCGACCAGCUACUGAUGCUACUUUAACAGACUCUUCAGGCCAUCUAAAGAUGGAUGAAGAAGAUUGUUAUGCUGAGAUACUAAAGAACGAUAUUAUAAAAUUAGAUGAAUCAUCAAUGUCUCAAGGGGUGCAAACAAGACCAAAUGACAUUCUACAGCCUCAUCCGUGCCAAGGCACCGCGCAACGGAGAAUACGAUUAAGGGUUCCAAAAUCAACACAUGCUCAAUCAGGCGUUCGUUUCUCCAGAACAAUGCAUCAGUCAAAGAGUUGCUUCUUUGGCCGAAUGACCAACCGUUUGAUGAUAUUUGCUUUCUUUGUUUUCACUCUCAUGACUAUAUUUUUCUGGUUUUUAUUGGAUGGUCACAAACAAGUUAGAAAUAUUGUAGGAAAAUUUCGGGCGUAAAUUGUGAUUAGAUUAGUGCUAUCCAAGCUCCCACGGCCGCUGCACUGUAUACAGUGUAACGGCCGUAGGAGAUAAUCUCCUAUCCAAGUGUUUGACAA